GGGGAGGUGAAGGGGAGGGGUCAGGAUGAUGGCGGGGGGCUGUCCCCUGGGUCUGGCCUCACCUUGCCCCUGUUGUGUGUAGGGAAGAGGAAGGUCCAUUACCUGUUUGAGGAUGGGCUGGAGAUGGCUGAGGAGUACGACCUGAAGACCAGCCAGCUGCUGGCAAGAAAGUGGCGAGAGAAGACUGCUCUGGGGAGUUCCGGCAAGUGGCAGAUUGAGGUGGGAGAGCCAACCAGCCACACUGCGGGAGCGCUGGAAUCCGAGCUCAUCAAGGAAAGCAGCUCCAAUCCCAUCUUCGUGAGGAGAGACACUCAGACCAGUUUCCAGUGGCGCAUCCGGAACCUGCCCUACCCCAAAGAGGUCUACAAUGUCUCCGUGGACAAGGAGCAGCGCUGCUGUGUCGUCCGUACCACCAACAAGAAGUAUUACAAGAAGUUCCCCAUUCCUGACAUGGACAGAUACCAGCUUCCCCUAGAUGCAGCUGCCCUGAGCUUCACUUACGCCAAUGCCACCCUCAUCAUCACGUACCGGAAGCCCCAGGAGAUCCUGGCUGUGGAGGAAGAGCUGCAGAAGGAGCUGCAGAAGAUCAAGGCUGCUAACGAUGGGGACAGGGAGUGCAAGACCCAGUAGGCGAUGGCUGCAGGGGGGUUGGGGUUCUCCUGGCAGAACUGUGCACUAUUUAUUUUGCUUUUUUCUAGUAAAAUGAUUCCCAUGGG